AUGAAGUAUAAGAGAGGAAGUACAGUGGAGGUAUUUUGCGACAAAUCUUGGCGUUGUGCUCGAAUAGUUUCUAGCAAAGGACACAACUACACCGUCAGUUACGAUGUGUAUCCUGGUUUUACUAACAAGGAUGACGUGGAACACAUAUCAAUAAAAUCUAUAAGGCCGUGUCCUCCUUUGUUUGAAAGUUCAGAAUGUUGGGUUCCUGGUGAUGUGGCGGAAGUGUUUCACAAUCUUUCAUGGAAGAUGGCAAUCGUUUUGAAAGAUAUCGGUUUGGACCAGUUUAUAGUCAGAUUAGUUGGAUCAUUACAAGAGUUUGAAGCAACUAAAUCAGAACUCCGUGUGAGGCAAUCGUAUCAAAAUGGUCAAUGGGUUGUGACUGGCAAGGUUCCUAGUGAUCAUAAAGAGGCAAACGGCUCCGAGCUUUUGAAGUAUGGUACUCAAGACAACCAUCGGUUAAUGGCGUCGCGUAUUGUUUUCUCUAAAACCCGAAAACGCGCUUCACCCGGCUGUGAUUCUCAAGAUGAAAUGAAGAAAAAACGUGCACGGAAGUUAACAAUGUGUGGAAAAGAGGAUAUUGAAGAUCAUGAAAGUGAUGCAGAGUCUGUUUGUCAGUGUGGAUAUCAUGAAGAAAGUCAAAGCCAAGGAACUGAUGAAUCGGGUGAUAACAAGGCAGUGGCAGAUGAAAUUCAUAGACUGGAGUUGCAGGCCUACCGUUACACCAUGGUGUCAUUACAUGCAUCAGGACCCUUAAACUGGGAGAAAGAAACUAUGGUAACAAACCUUCGUAUAUCACUCCAUAUAUCAAAUGAUGAGCAUUUGAUUAUGUUAAAAAACUUACUUUCUGCUUCUAAUAAACAGUCUUAUUAG